AUGGCGCCCCGUGGCUUUCACGGCUUCCACAACCAGUUGGAGAAAGAGCUCCCCAACACCUUCUUAACCCAGCAUGGUUUUCCACCGUUAGUGAUUGAAACCUUUCGCGUCUGGGGGGGUCUCCAUACCGUGGCUCAUACCGAGCAGACAGCCCGCAAAUCUGCGGAUGGUAAAGCACCCAGGAAGCAACGCGCCACAAAAGCCGCUCGCAAGAGUGCGCCCUCUACUGGAGGAGUGAAGAAACCUCAUCGUUGCAGGCCCGGUCCAGUGGCGCUCCGUGAAAUUAGACGUUAUCAGAAACCCAUUGAACUUGUGAUUCGCAAACUUCCCUUCCAGCGUCUGGUGCUGGUGUGAGAAAUUACUCGGGACUUAAAAACAGAUCUGCGCUUCCAGAGUGAAGGUGUUGGUGCUUUGCAGGAGGCAAGCAAGGCCUAUCUGGUUGGCCUUUUUGAAGACACCAACCUGUGCGCUGUCCAGGCCAAACGUGUGACAAUUAUGCCAAAAGACACCCAGCUAGCAGCACGCCGCAUACGUGGUGAACGUGCUUAAGAAUCCACUAUGAUAGGAAACAUUUCAUUCUUUAAAAAAAAAA